AUGGGGCGACUACUAAUCCUUUACUCAUUGCUAUCUUUAUGUCUUGCUCAAAUUCAGCCCGCCCAGAAGUCAAACAACUGCCCCUUGCUCGGACCAGUAUUUCCAGCGCCUACGGAUCCCAUCGCUUCUAAAGCUAUUCAAGCUGCUGCAGAUUCAUUCCCCGAUCUCCUCAAAGAGGCGCUUGGUGCCGGGCUCCUCGACAAUCAAACUACCUCAUUUUCAAUCAAUGUUUUCUCAGCAAACCACACCCUCUUUGAAUACCAUUAUGCGGCACCAGGACUCAAUGGUUCUUUAGCGGCAGGUCUUCUCAACAACCAGACCAUCUAUCGAGUCGGCAGUCUCUCGAAGUUGUGA